AUGUCUUCAACUCACGUGGAAAGUGUCAUCGACACAGAGGAGCAGCUUCUCGCUGACCUCGAAGCGAGCAAGACCCUCCCUCUGUGGAAGCAGAUGGCGCGUCUGAACCCCCCCAGCACCAAACCCAACAACAGUGCCAAAUGUCUGGAACGCGCUGGAAAGCUCGUCCCAGCAGACCAGGCUGAGCGCCGGGUGUUGAUGCUUACCAACCCAGCUCGAGAUGCCCCCUUCACUACCGACACCCUCUACGCUGGUCUGCAGCUAGUGAUGCCUAACGAAACCGCACGAGCUCACCGACACACGGCCUUUGCCAUGCGGUUCAUUAUUGAAGGCCAGGGCGGUUUUACUGCUGUUCACGGCCGGCGCAUCACAAUGCAGCGCGGAGAUGUCAUUCUCACACCUACCUGGAACUACCAUGACCACGGCAAAGAUGGUUCUGGACCUAUGGUGUGGCUGGACGGAUUGGAUUUGCCUAACUUCAGACACUUCCCUGUGCACUUCGUAGAGCACUUCGAUAAGCCUCGCUAUCCUGCGGAGAAUGUUGAUAGCAACACGUCACCAUUGGUUUUCCCAUGGGUUACUAUGAAGACGCAGUUGGAUGGAGUUGUUGGGGAUUGGGUUACUAAGAGAUAUUUGAAGGAGGAUGGUCGCGAAGUGAGUCGCGUCCUUGGAGGAUGUGCCGAGCGCAUUUCGGCGUCUAAGGCUUCGCCUUCCCGGCGCGAGACUACGUCCGCUGUCUAUCAUGUCAUCACCGGCAAGGGACGCUCGACUAUUGGUGAGAAGGAAUAUACCUGGGAGCAGGGUGAUACUUUCUGUGUUCCGGCGUGGUACAGAUACCAGCACUUUGCGGGUACUGAAGAACCGGUCUAUCUGUAUCGGUUUGAUGAUAAGCCCAUGAUUGAUGCCUUGGGUUUCUAUCGCUCGGAGGAUAUGGACAUUGAGUCCCUUGUGGACGAGUGA